AAUAGCAGGUAACAAACAGGUCACUGAAAAGAAAAUAGUGUAAACAAAAGGCCAAUCUUUGCUCUUCUCUCUCUUCCACGCUUUGGCUAUCUCUGAAUUAUAGAUAAUAGUAAUGUAGGGAGAUGCAUCCAAUUCUCAUAGAUCGAACAACCUUUUUUUUUUGGUUUCUCUUCAAUCUUCAUGUCUCUGAUCGAAUUUUCUGGGCCACUUUCCAGCAUUUUCUCAUGAAAAAAAGAAAGAGCAAGGAAGUAUGGAAUUGGCAGCAUAUGUGUCGGCUUUUUUCAUAAACGAGUGACUGAAAAAACACAUUCGGAAACAAAAUACUACAAAUUCUUUUAAGGGUCUUUUAGCUGAUCUUUGAAGACUUGGAGGACAAAUGAAAUGUGGAUUUUUGAGGAUUUGAGUGUAGCUUAGAGUGGUUGGUAGAAUUGUAAAUUUGAGGAAGUUUUCUGGGGUGAAGAUGGUGAAAAGCUGAGAUCUGUUUUGGGUGCUUUUUCAAGGGAGAGGUUGAUGAUUGUGUGUACUGGUAGUUCAAAAAAUCUAUGCAAUUGUGUUUGAAGUGGUUUAAACUUUGUAUUUAGGAGUAAUAUGAUGAUUUUACUGGAUUUCAUUGGUGGGUUUUUGUCACUUUGAGUGUUGUUUAGUUAGUGUUGAGAAUUGUAGUGAACUAAAGAGCUGAUAAAGUGGGAAAUUAGGUUUGCUUUGAGGCUUACAAAAAGCUGAUAUCUUGAAAUUUAGUGUUCUUUUGGUAGAGUACUUGAUAUAUAUCCGCUGCCCCGAGGUUGAGGUCCAUGAAUGCGGCCGAUUUCAAGGCAAGGCCCGUAUUGGGACCUGCAGGGAACAAGGCAAGUUCAUUGAUUGCAAGAAAACCAGCUUCAAAGCCUUUAAAAAAGAUUGAAAAAAGUCCAGCUGAGGCCUCUUUAUCAGAGGAGAAAAAUGGCCUUCCGUCACCUAAAGUUGAUUCUUUUCCCAAAAUCCCAUUCCUUUUCCGCCACGAACAGUUAUUACAUUCUAAUUUAUCAUUAAAUGCUUCGUGUUCCUCCGAUGCUUCCACGGAUUCGUUUAACAGUCGAGCAUCUACUGGUGGUAGCCGUAGGUUUAUUCUGUCAAAUAGUGUCGGACCUAGGAGGAAGCCGUACUUGUCAAGUCCUAGAAGUGAUGUUUCCAAGGGUGGUUUGGAUUCGUCAUCCAAUGGUUCACAUCAGAGGAAGAGAUGUGCUUGGGUGACACCAAACACAGAUCCGAGUUACGUUGCUUUCCAUGAUGAAGAGUGGGGAGUUCCGGUACAUGAUGACAAGAAAUUGUUUGAGCUGCUUGUACUUGCGGGUGCGUUGUCUGAACUUACAUGGCCGGCUAUCCUACGCAAAAGACACAUCUUUAUGGAAAUUUUCAUGGAUUUCAAUCCUGUUGCUGUAUCGAAACUGAAUGAGAAGAAGUUAAUAGCACCUGGUUGUAUGGCAAGUUCCUUGUUAUCAGAACUAAAGCUGCGUGCUAUUGUCGAGAAUGCACACCAAAUAUCUAAGGUUAUAGAUGAGUUUGGGUCAUUGGACGCGUGCAUUUGGAGUUUUGUGAACCACAAGCCUAUUGUUAGCAGAUUCAGAUAUCCUCGACAGGUUCCGGUUAAAACCCCGAAAGCAGAUGUCAUAAGCAAAGAUUUGGUAAGAAGGGGUUUUCGAAGUGUGGGGCCUACGGUCAUCUACUAUUUCAUGGAAGUGGCACGAAUGACGAAUGACCAUCUCACGAGUCGUUUCAGAUUCCAGGACUGUAUAAACGCAGCAGAAGGAAAAGAAGUAAAUGGGACUAGAGAUAUGCCCGAAGGGGAAAAAACGAUGACAUGAUUGAAUCAGAAUUAUCCAUAGCUAUCCAUGAAUUGAGUUUCUCCUAAGUAUGAUAUUGGCUGCAGGCAGAUGGCACUCCAGAUUCGAUCAUCAGUUUUACCACUUUGACUGAUUCACUGCUCUUACUUUUGGAUGGUAACUAAGAUGGUUUGUGUAUAAAAUUUCAUUAAUAAUCAUGCAUCCUGAAUUUUCCAGAUUGUAGAUCUAAAGUCAAUUAAGUUUAACUUAUGGACGUGUUGUUGAUGUGGCCUGUCAUGUAAGUCUUAAAAUAUGAUGUACAAUUUCCUUG